UUGAUUAGAGGAAGAAAAAUAAAGGAAACGAGGACUGUUUCUACUCUGGCACUACUGUCAUUUAUUUUCCUCACAUCGUAACUAAACGUGGCUCGACCCGGUUUCUUUAAAGAACCGGUUUGUUGGACGAAACCAAGCUGUAUACUUCUUCGUCAGAUCCUUAUCAAAGAUCCAGGACGUUUCGUGUGGUGUGGGACAAGUUACAUACUGCAAAGUAAUGGGCACCACGGCGAAGCAAUUUCACCUCAACACACCACUGGUUGAAAGUGUCUGCAUGUCCAAACUAGUAGGAACAACUGUGUACUUAAAGAUGGAAAAUUCCCAGCCCUCUGGCUCCUUUAAAAUCCGUGGUAUUGGACACCUCUGCCAGCAGUUUUCUGGAGAAUUAAAAGGAGUUGUCUGCUCUUCAGGUGGAAAUGCAGGUAUGGCUGCAGCCUACGUAGCCCGGAAAAUGGGUGUACCAGCCACCAUUGUGGUUCCUUCCUCUUCUCCGCAGCUGGUUGUUCAGAGACUCCAGGAUCAGGGCGCUACAGUCAAGAUUACAGGCAAGGUUUGGGAUGAUGCCAAUGCAGAGGCACUAAGGCUGGCUAAAACUGAAGAAUUAACUUACGUUCCUCCAUUUGAUCAUCCUCUGCUCUGGCAGGGCCACGCCAGUAUGAUCACAGAGGUUGCUGCCUCUCUUGGUCCGAAUAUGAAGCCUGGAGCUGUGCUUGUAUCUGUGGGGGGAGGCGGCCUUCUCUGUGGAGUGAUCCAGGGACUGAAGGAUGUAGGUUGGACAGAUGUGCCAAUCAUCGCCAUGGAAACUGAGGGGGCAGACUGUUUCAAUGCUGCAGUGAAGGCGGGGAGGGUUAUCACUCUGGAUGACAUCACUAGUGAAGCUAAAUGUCUUGGAGCAAGAACUGUUUGCAAGAAGGCUUUUGAAUACAGCCAAUGCAGUGACUUUACAAUCAUUUCAGAGCUUGUAACUGACCAACAGGCUCUUCUGGCUGUCGAAACAUUCCUAGAUGAGGAGCGUGUGUUGGUGGAGAUGGCCUGUGGAGCAGCACUGGCAGCUGUCUACAGUGGACUUAUUCAAAGACUACAGGGUGAAGGUAGGCUUCCAACUCCCUUGGGCCCCCUGCUGGUGAUAGUGUGCGGUGGCAGCAGUAUUGACAUGAAGCAACUCACCCACUUAAAGCGCAAACUGCAGAUUUAAACUACUGUAUUUGUGCAAAUGUGUGUGUACAACAUUGUUUCAUGCUUUUUCUUUAAAAUUUAAUAUUUUAAAGUAUCAAAAACAAAUACAUUUUCUUUGAAAACCAAAAAUGCAUUUAUUCAUGCACACCAAACUAACAGAAUGCAUUUACUGGGCUUCCCCUAUGUUGCAGUUCACCUUUAAGAAAUACAUGGAUCAUUAACACAGAGUCUUGGGCUGCUUGAAAUUCCCUUAAUUUACCUGCUUUGUCUGUCCUGAACACUUUUCCUUAACCCCAUUGUGAAAUGUUAUGAAGUAAAAGAAUUGUGUGGUGGAAGAUGUAUGCACAUUGUGGUACUCAGGAAUUCUGACUGCACUUACACUGGUCGGUUGUUACUAAUCUUGUGUGUCUGCUGUAUAAAAACUGCAAUCUACUGCU